UCUUCUACUGGCCAAUCAUACUUGAUCAUGGGUGGAGACUAGACAAAGGAGACACCUUAAGGCUCCAGAGAGACUACAGAGACUCAACCAGAGAGACUACAGAGACUCAACCAGAGAGACUACAGAGAGAGACUCAACCAGAGAGAGACUCAACCAGAAACAGCAGUAACCAGACAGAGGAUCAACCAGAGAGACACAAGCUUCCAGAGACUAUAUACAGGAUCCAGAGAGACCAGACAGAGAACAAAGAGAGAGAGUUAUGGAGACACAUCACUGUGACACAGGGGGGAAGAGCCUUUCCUCACCUAGUAACCUCAAGAGGCACAUGAGGAUCCACAAUGGAGAGAAGCCCUACAACUGUGAACUCUGUGGUAAAACCUUUAGACAGACUGGGGAAUUAACAGCUCACCGAAGAAUCCACACUGAAGAGAAGCCCUACAACUGUGACCUCUGUGGUAAAACAUUUAGCCAGGCUGGCCAUUUCAGAGCUCAUAGCAGGAUCCACACUGGAGAGAAGCCCUACAGCUGUGACCUCUGUGGUAAAACCUUUAGCCGUACUAGCAAUUACACAGAUCACCGCAGGAUCCACACUGGAGAGAAGCCCUACGGCUGUGACCUCUGUGAUAAAACCUUUAGCCAUGCAAGCAGUUUCACAGCUCACCGCAGAAUCCACACUGGAGAGAAGCCCUACAACUGUGACCUCUGUGGUAAAACAUUUAACCAGGCUGGCCAUUUCAGAGCUCAUAGCAGGAUCCACACUGGAGAGAAGCCCUACAGCUGUGACCUCUGUGGUAAAACCUUUAGCCGUGCUAGCAAUUACACAGAUCACCGCAGGAUCCACACUGGAGAGAAGCCCUACGGCUGUGACCUCUGUGAUAAAACCUUUAGCCAUGCAAGCAGUUUCACAGCUCACCGCAGAAUCCACACUGGAGAGAAGCCCUACAGCUGUGACCUCUGUGGUAAAACCUUUAGGCGGGCUGGGGAUUUGACAGCUCACCGCAGAAUCCACACUGGAGAGAAGCCCUACAGUUGUGACCUCUGUGGUAAAACCUUUAGACUGACUGGGGAUUUGACAGCUCACCGCAGAAUCCACACUGGAGAGAAGCCCUACAGCUGUGACCUCUGUGGUCAAACCUUUAGGCAGGCUGGCCAUUUAACAUCUCACUGCAGGAUUAUGGACUGGGGAAUUGACGCUCACUGCAGCAUCCACACUGGAGAGAAUCCCUACAGUUGUGACCUCUGUGGUAAAACCUUUAGCCAUGCAAGCAGUUUCACAGCUCACCGCAGAAUCCACAUUGGAGAGAAGCCCUACAGCUGUGACCUCUGUGGUAAAACCUUUAGACUGACUGGGGAUUUGAUAGCUCACCACAGAAUCCACACUGGAGAGAAGCCCUACAUCUGUGACCUCUGUGGUCAAACCGUUAGCCAUGCUGCCAAUUUCAGAGCUCAUAGCAGGAUCCACACUGGAGAGAAGCCCUACACCUGUGACCUCUGUGGUAAAACCUUUAGCCGUGCUAGCAGUUACACAGAUCACUGCAGGAUCCACACUGGAGAGAAGCCCUACACCUGUGACCUCUGUGGUAAAACCUUUAGGCGUGUUGACCAUUUCAAAGCUCAUAGCAGGAUCCACACUGGAAAGAAGCCCUACAGCUGUGACCUCUGUGAUACAACCUUUAGCCAGGCUGGCAAUCUCAGACGUCACCGCCGGACCCACACAGCAGAGAAGAUCUAAGCAGCCCACACUGACUAUUUAUGUCAAACAAAUGACCUAUUGAACAGUUUAUGCAUAUCUAUAAUAGAAAAACCAAGGGGGUGAAGUUGUCCCAGAAGUCACCACCUGAGAGAACUUCUUUAUGACCCACAGUUGGAAGAACUACUGCCCUGCACCUACUGGGACAGCACAUGCAGUAACACCAGAUCUACAGUCCAACAUGACCGGACACAGGGAAGAUACUCUACCCCUGUAACAAUGGAGGGGAAGCUGUGUCAGACUGGGUAGAAUCUUGGUAAACACUGGCUGACACCUUUCAGUUUUGAAGCACACAUUUGUAAUUUCAUAAGAAACCCAUCAAGGUGCUCCAUAUUAAUUUCUGGUUGACCUCUGUUUAUCUCUGCAGCCCUUCAGAGUGUCUGUGUAUUUGACCCAUUUGUUGAGUAAGAUUGGUUGGUUUGUUAUUGUUUUAAUUACACGAGCUGUUGAGACUCAUGCGGGUUGUUCUUGAAACUGUAUCUGUACUUUAAGGAAUACAAUACUUAGUAGUUCUGAUGAAGACGGAUAAUUGUGUUGUAGGGCUGUAUUGGCAGAGACCUGAAUAAUACAGCCCCUUUGUCACUGGUCACACAGACACUCGUCUGGGACAGUCGUUGAUUUGCAUGAAUGCUAAAAUGACAAUCACACUUUAAUGACACACCUCUGGAAAGGUGGUCUCAACAGUUGAAGAGGAAGGUGGACCAAGAA